AUGUAUUCCGUUGAAUGGCAGAAGCGAGGUCUUCCACACAUCCACAUUUUGUUGUGGUUGGAGCAGCGAAUUUCUGCGGUUAAUAUAGAUAAUGUUAUCUGUGCGGAGAUACCGGAUCCUCAAAAGGAUCCUAUCCUUUAUAAAAUUAUCAAAACCAAUAUGAUCCAUGGGCCCUGCGGAAAUUUGAGGAAAUUCCCGUGUAUGAAAGGAGGUUGCUGUAGCAAAAAAUAUCCUCGAAUUCUCCUGAAAGAAACCCAAACAGGCGACGACGGCUACCCUAAAUAUCGGCGAAGAGGUCCCGCGGAUGGUGGAUUCACGGUUGAAAUCCAUGGUGUAACCCUAGAUAAUAGAUGGGUGGUACUGUAUAAUCCAGUUUUGUCUCGAACUUUUGCUGCUCACAUCAACAUCGAGUAUUGUAACUCUGUAAAAUCUAUUAAAUAUAUAUGCAAAUACGUCAAUAAAGGAUCCGACCAAGCCUCAUUUGGUCUUGAAAAUGACAAUGAUGAGGUCAAAUUAUAUGAAAGUGGUCGAUAUAUUAGCAGCUCUGAAGCUGUUUGGAGAAUUCUGGCCUUUCCUAUACAUGAAAGAUUUCCAGCUGUUUUUCAUCUCGCAGUGCACUUGGAAAAUGGCCAGCGUGUCUAUUUUAAUCCUAACGACUUCAAUAAUGUGACUGAAAAGGUAAAUAAUCCACAGAAAACUACUCUUCUAGCAUUUUUUGAUCUUUGCAAAACGGAUAAUUUUGCAAAAACCCUUCUCUAUGUUGAAGUCCCUUCAUACUAUGUGUGGAAAAGUACUAAAUUUGAGAGACGAAAACGUGGAAACAAUGUUGAUAGUUGGCCGGGAGUCAAAAAAGAUCAAGCUUUGGGCAGAGUGUACACCGUCCACCCUAAUAACGCCGAAUGUUACUACUUUCCUCUUCUUCUUCAUCAAGUGAGAGGGCCAACAUCAUUCUCGGAUUUAAAAACUAUUGAUGGUGUCGUUUAUCCCACAUACCAGUCAUCAUGUAAAUCCUUGGGUUUGCUAGAAGAUGACAAGCAGUGGAAUGCUACAAUGGAAGAAGCUGCUCUUACUGAUUCUCCUUUUAAGCUACGAGACCUGUUCUCAAUUUUGUUGAUAUUUUGCAAAGUAACAGACGCUUUAAGUAUAUGGGAGAAAUAUAAAAACAGUCUGUCGGAGGACAUAAAACGUCAAGUGCAGUCAGAGUGUCAAGACAGUGUUCAGAUUAUGAAUGAAGUGUACAACAAGUGUCUGAUUUCCAUUGAAGAUACGGUUUUAUCUUUAGGAGGACAAUGUUUAGAGUAUUAUGGUUUGCCUCAGCCUGUAAGACGUGAAGAAGUCAUACAAAACAGAGACUAUCUCAGAGAGAUUAGCUAUGACACACUUUUAUUGGCUCAAGUAGUAUCCAACAACGAAAGUUUAUUAAAUACAGAACAAUAUCAAAUUUACAACCAAGUUUUAGAUAGUAUCGAGAAUGGCACUGGUCAAGUAUUCUUUUUGGAUGCUCCUGGAGGCACGGGUAAAACGUUUCUUUUAAAAUUAUUAUUGGCUAGAGUACGAAAAAAUGGCGGGAUAGCCUUGGCAGUUGCUUCUUCUGGCAUAGCAGCCACGUUGCUGGAUGGCGGUAAAACAGCGCAUUCUGCUUUUAAAUUACCCUUAAAUCUAAUGCGUGUAGAGACACCUCUGUGCAACAUUUCAAAGCAGAGCAAUAUGGCGCAAGUCUUGAAAGAAACAAAACUUAUAAGUAGUAUGGGAUGA